AUGGCUCUCCUAGUCGUUCCGCUGCUUCUACAAACAGGGCUCGUUUGGGGUUCAAACUACGGUUAUGUGGAGUGGUCUGAUAAUGACCGCGAUGAUAAGAACCCACCAGUCUUCAGCACUCAAAAUAUCAACAGGGAGGCACCCCACCAUCCGACCUACUACCCGGUACCAGCCACCGAGCGCACGGUGGUGGCGCACAAAAUUGAGGAGGACCUGCCCAGGGUGGUGACCGCUUUCUUGCACACCGGGGACUCAUCGGCCCUGAGACAGGUCAACUGUUCUCGGAGGUACGAGCUGAGCAGCCUGCGAGGCGGCCUACACGUCGCCUCCCACUAUUCCCUCCACAGUAUUCUGGACACUGUAGCGCACGCCACAAACUUCCUGAAUAUGAUCCUGCAAGCCAACAGGUCCCGGGAGCAAACCAUUCGGAGAGACAUCCACUGGUACCACGCGCUGGUUCAAAGCAUCCUUGAAGGGGAUCCUAAAAUCCACAGGGCAGUGGUGACCUUGCACACAGAUGCGCCGACGCCGGGACCUCACGUUUUCCUCCAGGCGACGAGAACCGAGAAUGAAGUGGUAUUGCAGGAUUUGUCCAACUCUGCGCACCGUCACCUCAAGGGCAGGAGUCCUGAGACUGAUUGGUUUAAUGAGUUUAGGGACGGCAGGAGACCACACAUGCACAGAAGAAUCACGGAGGUAUCGGGCUCCAAGAGUGGUACUUAUCUUCUAGACAAAAACCAAAUUAAGUGGUCUGCGCCAUACCUGGAGUGUGAACAUGGGACUUUUGUGCCCUAUUGGCUGCUCACCCUGUCUGCAGGCUUCUAUGGACUUAAGAGCAACUUUGCGCCAGAGUUCAGGGGUGUUGUUCGUGUGGAUGUGAACCUGCAGGAUGUGGACAUUGACCAGUGCUCCAACAGUGGCUGGUUUGGCGGGACUCAUCGCUGUAAUCUUACCAGUAUGGAAGUUAGUACCACCCAGACGGUGCAGUGCACUCCCAUUGUUGGCCAUGGAUUUGUGUUGGACAAGUACAAGUGCCAGUGCAGGAGAGGAUUUUACCAUCCGAGCCGAGUGGCGCUCAAUGGCUUUAAAAGUAAGGAGCAGGGCUCUCACAGAGACGAAUCCUCCGACAUGUCCAGCAAGUGCCUGCCGUGCCGCGCGGGCUGCCCCUACUGCCGGGAUGACACACCCUGCCUGGUGCAGGAGGACGGCGCUCUGCGGCUCUCUGUGGCCUCCUUCCAGGGUCUCUGCAUGAUGCUGGACCUGGCCAGCAUGGUGGUGGUCUACCACUUCAGGAGAAACAAGAGCAUUCGUACUUCUGGUCUCAUUCUGCUGGAAGCCAUCUUGUUUGGCGCGUUGCUGCUCUACUUCCCAGUGAUGAUCCUGUACUUCAAUCCCAGUGUGUUUCGAUGUAUCCUCCUGAGGUGGGUUCGUCUGCUGGGGUUUGCCAUCAUGUACGGCACCAUCAUCCUCAAGCUCUACAGGGUGUUAAAGGUGUUCCUGUCCCGCACGGCCCAGAGGACGCCUUACAUGACCAGCUGGCGGGUCCUACGGCUGCUGGCAGUCAUUCUGUUGGUGGUGCUUUGGUUCCUGGUGGCCUGGACUUCCUCUGUGUGCCAGAAUCGGGAGCUGAGCCGGGCUCUCAUCACCGCAGGUCUCACCCCGGAGGGACUGCAGUUCAGCAUGUGCCUGCUGGACCGAUGGGACUACAUGAUGGCAGUUGCUGAGUUCCUGUUCCUGCUGUGGGGCGUGUACCUGUGCUACGCUGUCCGCACCGUACCCUCGGCCUUCCACGAGCCACGUUACAUGGCUGUAGCCAUCUACAAUGAGCUCCUCAUAUCAGCCAUCUUCCACAUCAUCAGGUUCUCUCUGGUGCCGGGACUGCACCCCGACUGGAUGCUCAUGUUGUUCUUUGCUCACACUCAUCUGACGGUGUCUGUGACUCUGGGCCUGCUGCUCAUACCUAAGUUCCUGUACAAAGGCACUCAGGCGAGAGAUGAUAUAGCUACUGAAGCCUACGAGGAGGAGCUAGACAUGGGAAGAUCUGGCUCCUACCUCAACAACAGCAUCACCUCAGCCUGGAGCGAGCACAGUUUGGACCCUGAGGAUAUCCGGGAUGAGCUGAAGAAGCUGUACGCCCAGCUGGAAGUCUACAAAUGUAAGAAGAUGCUCGCCAACAACCCUCACCUUCAAAAGAAGCGCAACUCCAAGAAAGGUCUGGGUCGCUCCCUGAUGAAACGGAUAACAGAGAUCCCGGAGACUAUGCACAUACACCGGCAGUGCAGUCGUGAUGAUGGCAGCGAGCACGGCAGCAACCGCAGCACCUUGAGGAGAAACCCAUUUGAGCCCAGCCACCAUGGUAAACCUCGAGACGACUCCCUGAAGAACAAAGUCAUGGGAUUGAAGAAGUCACUCAGCUAUGACCACGUCUGUGACCAGGAUGAAGAAAGUGGAAGCCAGACUGUCUCAGCUGCAGGAGACAAAACGACUCCCGUUGGAAGUGGUGGGGAAGGAUCUCUUCUGGGUUCUCUCAUUGGCCGUAAACAUGCCAAGAAGCAGCUGGAACCAGCCGCAACUCCGCCGAGACUGGAACCAGCUGAGUCCACCGAAUCUGUGCCACUCUUCUGGAAAUCAGCUAGCGCUCACAACUUGACACACGAGAAGAAACCUGUGCACCUGCGGACCUCCAUUAUGCAGAAAUCUCUGAGCGUGAUUGCAAGUGCCAAGGAAAAGAUGCCAGGACUUACCAACAAGACUCAAAGUGUUGAGGAUGCCAGUAAGAAGUGUGUGAAGAGCCAGGAGGGGAGAAUGCUGUCAGAGGUGGACGAGACACCUGAGCAUUACCCCAAGAUGCCAGUCAGCCAGUCAGUGGAGUACUCCAAGACACCGAUGAAGAUGGGCAUAAUGAAACAACAGGUGAGCGGCAGCCAGCCAUCCAUUUGCUCUGAGACUGGGCGGAACCUUUACAAUGUGUCCGAAGUUUGUUCCUGGGAACUGGAAGAGCCACAGACUCCCUCAGAAGCAAAAACCCAGAAGCAUGUUUCCAUUGCUCCUGGAGAAACCACCUCGGGCCGGAGAGGCAGCAGCAGCAGCUCUGGAAUCACCAAAGGUGGCCGGUCCCAGCAGAGGCAGAAGACAGGGCAGUCUCCUUCCAACAGACGCCGCGCCAAAGAUAAAGGAGGCGAAAGGGAGGAAGGAAGGGAAACACGGAAAUCUCGGCCACCCAGGUCACCUCUUCCUCUUAAGCUGGAUGUGUGCCCCUGGGAAUUUGAUGAGCAGCCCAUGCUGAAAGGUGAUUCGGAUUCGAUCUCUCCAGACAGAAUCAGGCGUAAGAAGAGCGUCACACCUACUGAUGGGAAACCCAAAGGGCUCCACUCAGACCACUCCAAGUCCACAGGGAGCCUUUUACAGCCCCCGUCCCUGAUGGUUGAAAUCUGCCCAUGGGAUUACACCAGCCCACCUUCACCUAAGCAGGAGAAGACCUGCAACAGUCCCACUACACACAAGAAGAAACGGAAAGGCUCCAGCUCGUCCAACCACAAAGCUGAGAAGGAGAAAGGGAGGGAGAAAAGCAGAGAAAGGCGGAGUUCCUCCAGCAAGCCUCCAUCAGAGAGGAGAAGGGUCAGCCAGUCUUCAGAAUGCAGUGGGCUGGCUCCUGAGCGGCGGAGGAGUUCAACAAAAGACCCAGAGAUGAUGGAGAUCAGGAGGGCGGAGGUUUUCUCCCAGGAGACCGAGCACUCGCACGCCAGUUUGGCUCAGACUAGAAAAUCACCAGAGAAGAAGAAAGACGGCUCUUUGAGUUCUAGUUAUAAACCCGCAGUUGUCAGCGGGGCGAAAAGGGUUGACGUUUGCCCGUGGGACUUUCAGGACUCUGGGGAGAGGGCGUGAUGACUGGGAGGAACAAAUUUUUUUUCCCGUAUUCACUGACAGAUACUGCAUUUCAUGAGAAGGGUUUCCUGUGGGUCACCUUAAUGAAAAAUAUAUUGUGAGGAAAGGAACAUCUAUUCUGCAGCCCAUUGAUGCAAUCCAGACAUAACUAUUUGCUACACAACAACCAUCUUGUUGUUAUAUGCAGUGAAUGCAAACUCAGAGUCACUUCAACAGAUUUUUUUUUGUUUGUUUGUUUACACUUUUGCCUGCACAUUUGUCAAAGUGGCAUAUUUUAUAUGUUUUAUCACACUGAGUGUAUCUGAAAAAAAGAAUACCUGUAUUUACAAGCAGAGCAGACAAUCAUUCACCAAAAAGCACAGUCAAUUCUUAACCUGAGCUCGCUGUCGGAUUCCCAUGUUAUGCUGACGAUGCUCUACAUUACGCAGUGAACCACUGGAGACUUGCUAUACCAGAUCAGCAGCAAGGAGAAAAGACCUAAGGAAAAAUAAACAGAAUACGAGCUCUGAGAAGCAAGACCAAAGCCCCAGACACAGCUGUGUUGCCUUAUCUUUAGGCCAAAUGCAUAAUUUACGGCACAAAGAUGAUCUGUUAGAUUAGAGAAACGUGGGAAUAACAGAGGAUUGUACUGCAGCUAAAUGAGACAUGCUGUAUGUUUUAGUAAUGGGUUUCCAUAUACAGUAUGUGUUUUUCUAAAAAAAAGCCAUUGCAUGUGGCAUACUGUCAGGCAUCCAGUAGCUAAAUGUUUAUGGGUCAGCGUGUAUUCAAAUAAGACAAUGGAACCUUUGAUGUUGUGCCUAUGGUAUUCGUCUCCUCACAUGAUGCUUUUGAAGUGAUGUGCACUGUGUUUCAAAAGGCUUGCAGUUACAGUUGAGGAGUACUAAAAUAUCCAUCAGGCUCUCCCGUCUUUUGAUACUUGUUUACUGUUGUAUUCUUGCCCUGGGUGUCCCCUCUACUCCUGGAUCACAGGCUGUAGUAUCUUCACAUACAUAGAAAAUGCUGUGAGGUCCUUGAAGAACCACAACCCAGCCUGACUUGAGUGGAUGAUGUGAAUAAUGCAUUUUCUCCCCCUAUCACUUAGUUGCCCAUUUACCAUCUGCCUGAAUGCACCUUCCAUUAAAUCGUUGCACAUAUUCCACUGCUAAAGCUGCAGCAAUGCAUGACCAGAGCUUUUUUUUUUUUUUGUUCCUUUGCUACUUUCUUGGAAUAUGAGUCAUUUACCAUCUCAGCAUCAUGUCCAGCAACAACAGCAACAACAGUCUGCCUUUCUGUCCUGUAAUCAGCCACCCACCACUGACACCUAGAGAAGUACAGUCACACAAAAUAGUUCAGCUCCCUGAUGGUUGUGUGUGCAUGACAGUGAAAAUUUGGGGAAUUUGAGGCACCAAAAUUCACCUUUUCAUAUAUUAUGAAAUACUUAACAGGGGCUAAGAAGCAUGUGGGAUUUUUCAAACAUGUAUUUAUCUAGCGUUGUAGGGAAGAACUCCCUGUGUAAGGUCUGGCCUUAUAAAAUUAAAAAAAAAAAAAAAAGCUUGACGAAUAAACAUGAUCCACCACUCUGACUUUCACAUUUCUACCAGAUGUUUUGAGACAGUUUGAAACAGAACGUCACUACAUGUAUUUUAUGCUCGUUAUACUGUUUAGUGUUGCUCCAAAAAGUUGCAAGCUGUUGUAGCAUCCAC